CUGCAACUGUCAUAUUAAGACUUAAAUAUAAACAUUUCAGGAUGCACUGUUAAUUACGAACCUACAUACCAGUCGAUUUGAACUAUAUUUACCAGUCGAAUUGAACUUUAUAAACAUAUGAUGAACCAUUUUAACAAUUACUAUCAACACAAUUGACGGACAAAUAUAGUUUUGAAAUCGAAAGUAAAAGUACCACUAUUUGGAUGACGCUUCGGCGUUUAUAGUCGGUUAGAAAGACAUAUUUUAGUGGCUAUCAAUUUGAAAUCACGGACUGUUUAUCAAGUGAUUACAGCCCAUACUGCUAAGCGUAUUUUCUAAGCAGCGGGGACAAUGAACAUUAGGUCCAUCGGGACAAAGCGGCACAAACCAAAUUUAAGAUGGAAUCAUCUACUGAACGAAAAGUCGUGCUCAAACGAAAAAUGUCCGACCCGUGUGAAGCACAUGGCUCGGGUCCAAAAAAGAAGAAGAAAGGACCAGAUUACUACUGCAUGGUUCAACCUCCUUUGACCAAACAGUUGAAGGGAAUAUUAGCAGAAUACCCUGACGGUGGUCAAAUACUGAAAGAACUGAUUCAAAAUGCAGAUGACGCAGGGGCAAAUGCAAUCAAAUUUCUUCUCGACAGUCGAAGAAUUAACAGAGAUGUUUCUGGUGAAACACACGUUUUUACAAAAUUCUUCCAGGCACCAGCGUUAUGUGUUUACAACGACGCCGAGUUUACCGAAGAGGAUUGGCGUGGAAUAGUUAUGGUGUACAGCAGCGUCAAGGAGAAUGACAGACUGAAAGUCGGGAGAUUCGGACUCGGUUUCAAAUCUGUGUUUCACAUCACAGAUCAUCCUUGUAUAAUUAGUGGUGACAGAAUUAUUCUCAUGGAUCCUCAACAAGAUGCAAAUAAAGUCAAUGCUAGCGUUCUGAUUAAAUAGCUAGAUGAAAUUGAAGGCAUAGAUCCAUUUGACUUUUUCGAAGCAUUCGACAAUAAAUUUGGAGUAGACGAGAUUUCAUUCAUACAAUCCGGUCAUUUUAAAGGUACACUGUUUUGGUUUCCACUGCGAGAAAAAGAAUCCGAACUUUCUGACAAUCUGUACGACUCUGAAAAGGUUAUGCAUUUAUUUAAAAGCGUUCAGUCAGAGGCGUCAAGUAUUUUACUUUUCCUAAAGCAUCUUACCACCAUUCGUUUAGAAAUCACGUCACCUACAACACAGAAUGAGCUGUUUGCCGAUGUUAGUAUAGAAAAUGCAACGCAAGUCAAGAAUGAGCGCGACAAACUGUUAUCCGAAUUUAAGCAAAUGGGUAAUUCAGACAAAGACCUUACUAGUUCCUAUGAAAUGAAAAUUGAAACAAAUAUAGCGAGUACAAACUGUAUUCAAGUUUCAGAAUGGUUGGUUGUCAACUGUAUUAUCGGUGAUUCGGCGUCAAACGAAUUUAAAAGACUGAUUCAAAGCAAGCAAAUCGGACUAAGUCCGUUUGUUGGUAUGGCAAUACCUUUACAUCAAGCUGAGCGAAUCGAUGGCCAUGUUUUUUGUUUUCUUCCACUUCCUAAGGAAGGAUCAAAGUUGACAGGACUUCCUUUUCACGUCAAUGGGCAUUUUGCUUUAAGUCAAAACCGUCACCAUAUUAAAUGGGCAACUGAUGAUCAAAACCACAAAUAUGUUAACGAUGAUAUACUUUGGAAUGAAAAAAUGUUGGAAGAAGCUUUAAAAUUAGCAUUUAAUUUGUUGUACGAAAAAGCAAUUGAAAGUUCAGUGUCUCGUUUAAAUACCCUAGACAGUGUCAAGUCUGUUUACGACAUCAUACCAGACAUUCAAUCGGUGAAUGACAAAAACUGGAGAAUGUUUGUUGACGCUGCAAUAGGAAGCAGAGAGAACAAAUCUCUUGUUUUCUGUCAGUAUACCGGUAAAUGGAUACAAUUAUCAGAAGCAACGUUUACAUCAUUUAAUGCGUUGCCCACCGCAUACAAACAUUUGAAACAUGUGCUUCGGAGAGUCAUUGGUGACAUCGGGCUAAGCCCUGUUGAUGCUCCAGAAGGUGUUUUAAAUACUUUAAGGGCAAUAUUUCCUAACCAUGUUGUUGAUAUAUCAACCACAAAAAUUAUUGAACUCUUGCACAAUUCGAAAAGCUAUAUAAAUUUAGAUGAUGACAAGAAAUUUGCUCUUCUAGCCUAUCUCACGAGUGACAUGCGAGACAUUAAACAAUUAGAUGGUUUAAAAUUAUUGAAAUUAGCAUCAGGAAAAUGGAAACAAUUUGACAGAAUUAAGCCACUAUACAUUGUGACAGAAGAAGAACUUAAAAUGUUUCCUGGACUUGAAAAUCGAUUUGUAGACCCAACAAUGAAAUCCGAUUCGUCAACAGCCAAAGCACUAGACUGGAUUUUCGAUCAGCAUUAUUUCGACGUGACAAUACUGAACGACGAAGACAUGAAAACAAUGCUGAUAGAAAUACAAGAAACUCAUCUUGGCUCCACCCGCAUAAUUGACACAAAGUCGACACUGUCAACGCAGUGGCUGACAUCUGUGUGGAACGCUAUAAGAGGACGAGACAUCCGACAUUUUGCCGAUCAGCCUUUAUUUCCCAUCUUAUUAAGUGGGACAUUUCAAUCGUUAGGCAAAAUUCAGCUUGUUGAAUUACAAAAGCCUUUACUUUUGAAAGCACAUGACGAGGAGAUAACACUAAGUAGCGAUCUGGAAUGUUGUUUGAAGUUGCUUGGGAUUACCGUAAUACCAGAAUUACCAAGCUGGAUAUCAUUUGAAAUUGUAAAAGAUUUUAUUGGGAUUCCAUCUCAGCAAUAUAUAUUAACUCUUCUUGAAAAGCAGUCAAAUUGCAUAGACCAAACUUUAAUUGACAAAUUUAAUGCCGGAGUUACAGAGUCUAACAUCAAUGGAUUUAUUGCUUUCCUUGCGCAAUGUCCGUUUUAUCCCGGUAAUACAACGGAACUGUUGUCUAGAUUGAAUAUAUUUAGAUUAAUUGAAACAACAGCUCUGAGCUCAAAGCGUGUCAACGUACAAAGCAUAACAUAUUACAUACAUGAAAAUGACAAAUGCUUUCCAGCAGUAGUAAUAUUUCCUGUAAAAUGUGUUGUCGUAAAAGAUCUAGAGGAGCAUGCUGUUUCGAAACUUGGUCUUAAAAAGCUAUCGGCAGCUGAAUUCAUGGAAAGGAAAUUACAAAAUUUAUGUGAUGCAACUGAAAAAUUACGUGUUUUAACGUUCUUUCUAAAACACUUUGAAAGUUUUGAACGUCUCCGCGAUAUUGUAAGAAAACUUCCAUUCAUUUUAAAUGAUGCAAAUGAAGAAGUAAAGAUAACUGAAGUGUUUGACCCUUCAGAUCGGUUUCUUUGUAAAUUGUUUGCUGACGAAAAUGAUAGAUUUCCUAAGCAUUUUGAUCAGUGGGAAGCGUUUCAUCCACAGCUCUUAAUAUUAGGAAUGAAAGGAGUUAUUGAUAUUACACCCGAUGAUGUGUACGAUGUUGCUAAACACAUUGACAAAAAUAAAACAACUGAAAUAGUUGAUAAAGCAAUGGCAUUACAAACCUUUCUUAAACAAAAUCCACAUUUUCUAAACCGAACAUGUAGAUCAAGUGGAGCAUUAGGGCAGCUAAUUGGGGAACUAUCCUGCUUUGUGUUCUAUUCUCCUAAAACUGAUGAUAUCAUAUCUCAGGUGUUUCCUCGUGACCUAAAAUGGUUUUCAAAUGGCUGCGCCGUGUGCCCACCGAAACAAAUGAAAAAUUUGAAAAAAUACUGGCAGAUUGUUUCGACUUCUUUACCUCUUUGUGAUUUAUUAUCACCGGAACUGAGUUCGUAUUACGAUUGGAAUGAUCCGCCACCUUCAAAAGCUGUGUUGCGUCAUCUCAAAAAUAUCAAACACUGUCGCAUCACACCCACUGAGAGAAUUAAUUUUGCGCCCAUAAUCAAAGCUGUGUAUGAAUUUCUAGAAAAUAAUUUUACAGAAAGUGUUAAAGAGUCAAUUGUUUGCAAUGCUUUGGUUUGGACAGAUGAAACAUUUAUAACCCCAUCUAACGUGGUAGUACAUAGCAAUAUGAAUGAUCUCCAGUUAAAACCAUACUUUUAUUUUUUACCUGAAAACCUUUUGUCGUUAGAAACCUUUUUUCGUCAGUUAGGUUGUCCUGAUUGCCAGGAUGAAUACGUUCUAGCAAGUGUAUUAAGUUAUAUUCAGAAAAAGUACCAAACUGCAAUGGUCACUCCCCUUGAAACCAGUUCGGAUUUUAAGAUUUCUUUGCAGGUGCUAAAACGACUGGCUGACAAAAAUCUAGAUAAGGAGUGGAUGAAUAAACAUGUAAUAGUUCUUAUUGAGUCAGACAAUGAAACCGCUAUAGAAUUUGCACCGUUAUCAAAGUGUUUCUAUGAUGAUGAUACUUGCGAGGAUACUGAAGCCGGUAUAUACGACUCUAGCAUAAGUCUUGUUCAUUCAGACAUUUCAUACGAAAUUGCAAACAAGUUAGGCAUACCGUCUUUUAAUCGUCGUACUCUUAUGGAUGCAGACAAUAUUGAGGAAUGGGGGCAACAAGAAAAGUUUACAAGGCGUUUAAAAACACUUUUAGAUGAAGGAUAUACAGAUGGUAUUUCAGUUGCAAAAGAGCUCCUUCAAAACGCGGACGAUGCUGGUGCUACACAAUUGUGUUUUGUAUAUGACAAAAGGAAACACUUGGAAUUUCGAAAACGAUUAAUAAGCAAACAUUUGGCCGAUUUUCAAGGCGAAGCUCUGUGGUGCUACAAUGACCAAGUAUUUUCGGAGAAGGAUUUCACCAAUAUCAAACAAUUCAACGAAUCUCUUAAAAGGAGUGACACGUCAACAAUCGGCAAGUUUGGUCUAGGAUUCACGUCUGUUUACAAUUUAACAGAUCUCCCUAGUUUUAUAUCCGGAAACCACAUGAUAAUGUUUGAUCCUCAUGAGAAAUAUUUAGAAGAUGAUCUAAACAACAAAUCACCACGAGGGAAAAAGAUACCCCUGUCAAAGCGAGCCUUGGUGAAAAGACAUGUUGAUCAGUUUAAACCAUUUGAAGGCUUAUUUGGUUGUAACGUCACCAAAGAUCCAUUUACACCGUUUUCGGGUACGUUGUUUCGCUUUCCGUUAAGAACAUCGAAACAAUCGGAUGAAAGUGAUAUUUCAAAUAAAGUGUAUAAACAUCAAAAUGUAGUAGAUUUGCUAGACUUACUUAUUCGGAAUGCCGACAUGCUGUUGUUGUUUACUCAGACGGUAUCUACCAUCAAAAUUUUGUAUGUUGAAGAAGGAGCUUCAGUCGGGGAAAUACAAGAAAUAUAUGAAAUCCACAAGGAUGUUUUCAAGCGUGAUAUGGCAAUGUUUUCAGAAGUGACUUACAGUAUUUUGCGACGUGCUGCGAAAGAGAAUAAAAACAAAGAUGGUCAAGAAUUAGCAGAGAUGCAUGAUGUUCGGAUUCAACAAACGUUUCAAAAUGGCAAUACAUUGUUCCCACAUAAAUCUCUACAAUGCUCAGACGCCACUUGGUUAAUUACAUGGUUCAUGAACAGCGCCAAUAAGGACGAUGAAAUAGUUUCCCCUCCUCUUGUCGCUAUUGCCACACCGUGCAUAAGCACAGAUGAUAUUACUCCGCAGGAUUUCAGUGUCGUACAUUCCGGAACUUACAUCACGGGUCAUGUAUUUUGUUUUUUACCAUUACCGAUAGUGACGGGAUUGCCUUUCCAUAUAAACGGCUGCUUUCAUGUUUCAUCCGACCGUAGAAUGUUAACCCUGACGACGGAAGAUGACCAGAGCGAUGGUCAUCAAUCCAAACAAAGUAAUUGGAAUAUAGUGUUAUUUCAAUUCUCUUUAGUAAGAGCUCUCUUGAAACAUAUAUAUGAAACUAACUCAAGUUCAAAAUACCCUUACGUGUUGUGGCCCAAUAGGCCCAAUGAGACUAUACCUGAAUCGGUCAAAUCUUUGGUGUCCCAUUUUUACAGAACAGUGGUUAACUCGAAUCCCAAUCCUAAAAUAUUCAAAGGUAAUGAUGGGUUUCUUUCGUUUGAUGAAAUAUCAAUAAUUGAUCCAGUUGUCUUAAAGGACCCAGACAUUGGAUAUGCGGUCUUACAGUUCAUAACGCAUGUUCCAAUAGACGACAAAAAAGCUACCGUAAAUGUUCCAGACUUCAUCGCAAACAACCUCAGAUAUUUUAAUACAGAUAGACAGCUGUAUAUAGAAGGAGCAUUUAUUCAAAUGAAAGAAAUACUGCUUCAUUUCUUAAAAAACGUAAAUAAAGAGUAUUGGGCUGACAAUUAUAUGGAGUACAGUAGGUUUCUUCGAUGCGCUAUAAUGUUGGAAGACGACGCAAUUUCCACAUGUUUACAAACGACUUGUUGUAUAAGAACAGCACCGCAUGGAACAUUACGAAUGGUAAAAGACCUGGUUCAUCCAUCGUCAAACUUGGCGCAGCUCUUUUCAGAUUCAGAUGAACGGUUUAUCUCAGAAUCGUGCGCACUGCGAGACAAAAAGGUUUUGGCAAGACUUGUUGAACUGGGAAUGAUGUCUGAUGUUUUGUCAUCAACAUUGCUUAUCGAUAGGUGUAAAUCCAUAGAAAGAAUUGCAGUUGACUGCAACCACUGUGCGAAAGAAAGACUCAGGGUUUUAUUGAAAUAUUUGGCGAAUACAGAAGUCGAUAUUGAAGUAUUAGAUGAAGUAAAAAAUGUUUCAUUUCUUCCUGUUUUAGCACAGCCAAGCGACUGGGCGUUCACAUGGCAUUCCGCGGAAACAAUAAAUGACAUACUAUGUUUUGAAAACAAUAUGUGCUCUGCGUUUGAAAGUAAUGUAAUAGAACCGCUAAUGCUAGGCAAACCGAUCUCGAUGUUCAGGAUGAAUUGUUUACGAUGCGUUGGUUCUGUGCGUCAUAUACUUGACGAGAACCAUUCCGUUUUUUCAAAUGUUUACGAAAAACUAGGCGUGUGUAACGAAAUGCAUUUUACAUUAGAUAUGUUACUAGAACAACUUUCUGUCAUAGGAAAUAAAUUAAUUGAAAAUCGACAUGAUAAUCUCAUUGAAACCAAAAGAACAUUGAGCACCCUUUAUUCAGCGUUAGACAAGUUGUCAAUCAACAUGACGACAAGCGAAUUUCAGAUACAUAUAAAGAAGUUCGAUUCAUUAAUGACGACGCCUAUUAUUGACGUGGGUAGUGAUGUGGUUCCCCUUUUCAAGGUGGCAAAGAGAAUGAAAAAAACGUGCACGCCUGAUUUGUUUGAAUUGCCUGCAAACACCAUCCCUGAACAUUUAAGAAUAUUUGAAAAGUUUAGGCUUAAAGAAAGUUUCUUCGUGGAUGACAUCAUUAGUGUUUUGCAAGUCAAGUUUCAACUUUAUAAAGAGGACUGUUUUAACUCCAAUAUCGAUAAUGUAAUUGAUCUUUUAAUUAAUUUAGAAUGGUGUAUGCGACAACAAAAUAUUACGUACGAAGAAUUAUCAUUGUUUAAGGAAGUCAUUAUUGCUCCUGAUAAGGAAGGAAAUCUGUUCCCAACAUAUGCAUUAGCAUUGGAAGAUAAUGAAUUUUCGUCAAGGACACCAUUGAGAUUAUUGAAUGAGGGCAUUCCACCUAGGGUUGCAAAAGCUGUCGGUGUACGGUCAAAAAGAAUACAACUUAUCAAACAGAAGACCAAAGUUAUUCCCUUCGGUCAACAUGAGAAAUUAACAACAAGAUUAAGAGGACUUUUAAAAGAUUAUCCUUGUGACGACAGUAUCAUGAAGGAGCUCAUACAAAAUUCUGAUGAUGCGGGCGCAAGUGAAAUCCAUUUCAUAAAAUACUAUGAACAAAAAUAUAUCGUACGGUCAGUUGAAAACGGAGACAGACUUCAGCCAGCACUAUGCGUAUAUAACAAUAAAUCAUUUACUGAAAAAGAUUUUGAAGGGAUCAAAAACCUUGGAAUCGGUAGUAAAACAGAUAAUUCAUUUAAAACCGGUAAAUUUGGCGUUGGUUUUAAUGCCGUCUAUCAUAUUACCGAUAUGCCAUCGUUCCUAACUAAAGGACCAGGCUUGGGACAGCUGGGUCAGGUAUGCAUGUUUGAUCCAUUGCUGAAGUCGAUUAGCGAAAUAUCAGAAGGAGAACCUGGUAUUCGAUACAAUGUUGAAGACUUGUUGGAGGAUUUUCCUGACAGUACCUUAGGUUAUCCGCAUAUUCUAAGUGAUUGUGGGACAAUGUUUAGGUUUCCUCUAAGAAGCGAACCUUCAGAAAUCAGUGCUAAUUUUAUGUCAGAAAGAGAUGUUGACAAUAUUUUGGACUCGUUUAUUUUGAAUAUGCAUGAAAACUUACACUUUGUAAAAAAUUUAAGGAAGAUCAAAGUUUUGCAAUAUGAACAAGGAAAGUACACCGAACUUUAUUCGGUUGAAUCAGAACUUUCUGAAAAUGACACAAAUAAACGCGCUCAAUUUUUUCAGCAUAUCAAAGAAGUAUGUUCUUUGGAUAAAAAAAUGGUUGCUUUGCGCAGUGAACGAGAACCUGUCACAUACCAAAUGAAUUUACGCGAUUCUAACGGAGAGAAUGAAACAUGGCUUGUGGUAUAUAAAUUUGGAAGCAACGAUGAGGAUUUAAUUAAAAAAAUGAUAUCGCAAAUUGACUAUGAUGAUAACAACAUCAUGUCUUUAGGCGGUGUCUCUUUAAAAUUACCGGUGUUUGCAACAGAGCUAAAGUCCGAAGAGUUUGAGAAUGGACACCAACAUUCAUGUUGCAAAGGAAAGCCUUACUGUUUUCUGCCGUUAACUGGCACAACUGGGCUCCCGUUUCAUGUCAAUGGCAAUUUUGCGGUAGACAGAGGACGUCGAGGUUUGUGGAGAGAUGAACAAGGAUAUCGAAAACAAUGGAAUGAAUUUCUUUUACAUGGUGUUGUCACAGAAUGUAUUCGUAAAGCAUUAUUAUUUCUUCAACAUUACUUGAUAAACAAUAACAUGCCAAAUCAGCAAGAAGAUUCAAUCAGAAAAAAAUACUUAGGAAUGUAUUUCUCUUAUUUUCCAAGCGUGCAUGACACAACAGACUCUUAUUGGAAAGGAUUUGUAGAAAAACUGUAUGCAAUCAUGAUACGGCAGUUGUGGAAGGUUUUUCCAUUUGUUGCGAAAAUUUCGAAUGAACAAUCAGUGCGGGACAGAGAUAAUGAUUCCGUUAGCAUUAGUUGGAUACAUUUGGCAACAGACAAAAAGUCGAUAAACGGUGGUGGUUUAGUAAAUUCUCUCUAUAAAUAUAAUGCCUUGGAAGAUGCAAUUAACAUCGAAAACGUGUUGAAAAACUUGGGAAUAAUAAUAACUGAGACCCCUCUGGAUGUCAUUACGAGAAUAAAACAAGCUCGUCAAUCGUCAGUUGUUUACACUAAACCCAUUGUUGUUAUGCAAAUUAUCAAAGACAGUUUAACUGAACGUGACUGCCAUUUGGGGGUAACCGUGCUAAAUAAUAUACAAGUCGUUGAAAGUCUUUUAAAAUAUAUGCUACGGUGCAAAACGUUCGACGAAGACGUGCUUGGACUGCCUUUGUGUGUAACAAACAACUUGAUCGUUAACGUAUUUGGUAAAGAUAUUCUUUUUUGUUCGGAGUAUUGUGACUUGGUACCUGCGUCUUCAAAACAGUUUCUGCACGGACGUUUAGUAUCCUUGCUGAAAAGACCUAAACUAUUUGAAAAGAGAAUCCUUAAAGAAUAUACAACACACGACUUACUUCAACAGCUACCAGUUUCAUACGAUCCUUCAGUAUACAAAGCUGGAUCUACAAUAGAGUGGAAGAAUGCUGAAACAUCCUGUUUCACACCGGAAUUUAUCGCUCGUCUGUUCGGCUUUCUACAACAAAAGCAAGUGUGUAGUGAACAUGAGGAAAACAGUAAUGAUGAAGUGCAAAUCUUCCAAGCAUUUGAUAUUAUUUCGGAUUGGUCUUUCUUGCCUUCAAUAGAAAAUACUGCAUCAGGCAAUAAGUUUAUGCUGAUUCCAUUCAAAAAAGCACAUAUGUUAUUAGAACAACCACAAAUGGAUGAUAUUCAUCCGUUACUUUCAAAACUCAAAAUACCGACAUUGGAUGCAUCCGUAUUUCGAAAUUGUAAAGACGUGCGUGUCACAAUAUCUCACAUGAUUGCAUCUGAAAGGAAACCUGACGUUUUACUGCGAUGUUUGUAUGAUAAUCGAUUCAGAUUCGAAGGUUUGGACAUGACGAGUGAGGAGGCUACGAAAUUAUUACUGUACUUCAUGCAGUAUAAAGAAACUAUUCUUGCUAAAUUAGGUCAUGAUGCUAAAACAUUUCUGAAAUCUCUUCGAUUGUUUGAAGCAAUUGACGGAAGUUUUGUAAGUCCCCUUCUUGGGCAUUAUGAAAUAUUGGUUAUUUCAAAGCUGAUUCCAACUGAUGGUCUGAACGACUUAUCACGUGACUUAAAGAUGCGCAUUUUAAAACGAAAUGAUGAUCUGUCAAAACUUUACUAUUUUCUCGAUUUGAAAGAGUGUGAUCACUUGCAAAUAUAUAAUGAUAAAAUCAUUCCACACAUGUUCAAACUGCAAAAACAUCACUGGAUGGCUCAUAUUAAAUAUUUAAAAGAUAUGUUCACUCUUAGCAGCUCCAGCAUUAGCUUAUGGCAAGAUUGUAUUAUUGAUAAAAUGAAAACUCUACCUUUCAUACUCAUUAAUGGAAAGGAUUACACUGCGAUGCAGCUAUAUGACAUAGGGCAUCCUGUCUUUCAAACAAUGUCAGAUUUAACAAGUGACAUCACAUUUCUACCGCCACAAUUUAUGGAUAGGGAAUGGAAAACAUUCAUGAUUACACUGGGGCUUAAUAUUAAGCCAACGGGUGAAAUGCUAAUACGAUAUGCAAGAAUACUAGAAGAUCACGGAACUAAAGGUUUGACAAAGGAUUUAAAAGAAAAGUCCAAUAUCUUGGUAAAAUAUUUACCAUUCUAUCACAAUGUUCUUCAGACAGUUAAAAAAAUAAAGUUUGUUGUGCCAUACGAUGUGCCAUGUACAUUACAAAGCAUUGUUUCUUCAUUAGGUGAUCCAACGCAAUUUAUGUGUUUAGAAGGUUCUUGUCAUUCCAAACAUAUGAAGAUCUGUUGGUCAACCGUCCCACUUUUCGAACAUUGUUUUGAUAAAGAAACGAUUAAUCAGUUGAACAUGAAGACAAAGCCAACUGUAGAUGACGUAAUAGUACAUGCAAAACGAAUGUGUACCAGCAAUACAUUCCCUCUCAAAAGAAGUCACAUGAAACAUGUGUAUGAAUACCUUUCUAAGUUACGAAAUUGGCAUAUUGAAAGCUGUCGAGAACGCUUAAAAGAUACCCCAUGUAUUUCAGUUGGCGAUAGUGCGAUGGUGAUACCGUCCAUGGUAUUUGUUUCAUCUUCUACAUCCGAUGAAAUCAGGCCAUAUCUGUAUAAGGCCUCACCAAAAUUAAGCUGUUAUUUUGAAUUGUUCAAAAAACUAGGGUCAUCAGGAGACGUCUCCUGUACACAGUAUGCCUAUGUUCUGGAGGCGAUUCGUGCAAAACAUACCAACUCACCGUUACCGCCAAACGAAUUAGAACUAGCCGCAAAAGCAUUAAGAAAAAUAUUAUGUAUUCUGAAUUCAACUGAUGAAGAAGACAACGAGCGAAAGGAUAUGACACUUCUGUCCAGGUUGUAUUUGCCGAACAGAUGUAACCAAAUGUGUACUUCAGAUGAAUUAGUGAUAGACGACAACACUUUUUAUUGUGAGUAUAUACAGAAAAGGCGAUCAAUCAAUGUGUUUCUCGGUUUCAGAGAAUUACAAAUAAGUGUUCUUGAUCCUGUUACCGCGUUCCAAGUGUUUCCGAAAAAGCUGCAACCUUGUUUGUUGUCAGAAAAUGUAGAAGAGCGUGUGUCUUUGGAAACUAUGUGCGAGGUUCAAAAUAAAAGCACACAAGUAGCGCACUUUGAGAGGUUCCUUCGAUCAUUUGAAUUUCUUGAGGGUUUCUGCAGAAUAUUAGUGAACCAAAUGGAUGAUUUUGAUCCUAAUUUAGAUACACGUCUAAACAAUAUACUCUCAAAUACUUGCAUUAAAGAGGUAGUUGAUCUUCAGGCUAUUGUUGUGUACAAAGAUGAAAACGUAGGAUUUUUAAACAAGGACUUCUUUGUCCCCAAACCUUUACGAACUAAAUCGACUUAUAAUAGCCUGGUUUUAGACGGACAGCUUUGUCUUUAUUUUAAAACAAGGAAUGAUCAAGACACAAAAUCUCUAAUAAGCGACGGCGUUAUGGAAUUGAUAACACGUGUUACAGAAGAUCGUAUUAUGACCAAAGAUAAGCUUUCGGCAUCUUCAUCUAUGCUUUUGAAAAACAUGUUAGAGUUUGUUGACAAACCGGAAGCUAUUUGGACGUUUUUGGAUCAGAAGAAAAUUCGAAAAUAUGAUUGCACCAACGUCAAAUCGUUUGCCGCUUUUCCAAACGCCGGAACGUAUGUUGAUAACAAGUUUCACCCAUUCCUGAUACAAGCGAUUUCGCCUUUUAAUGAACGCGAGUAUGACUUUGCUGUUCUAGAGCUAGAAACCGAUGAUGCUACCAACGAUGAUUUACUAUAUAUUUAUGUCAAUAUUGUGAAUGUUAUUCAUCCAGAUGAUAACUCAACAUUGGGUAUCAAAUAUGUCAUCAACGUAGGGCCUCGUCAGUCUGGAAAUAUAACGGUGCCAAUUUUUAGACUGUAUAAAUUUGUCAAACAAAGUGACGAAGUUGAUAGUCCAAGCACUGGUGUAUUUGAAGAAAAACCUUUUGAUUUUACUUGUAACCAAAUUUGGGCUUUAUUAAAUGAAACAUUUGCACGUUUUGCUGAUGCCGAUAAGAUGAUAAUAUUGCGACGCUUAUUUCUGCACUGUCAUCUAAUAAAAUGUCAAACUGACACAUUUAACGCCAGAAGGACAAUAAAUUAUCUCCUGACAUCAAUUAUAAGGCUUGAAAAUAACGAAGAGAAUAUUGAGCCUCUUGAUGAGAAUACAGGUGUGUCCCGACCGGAUAUGGCCGCUUCGAGAUUCGUGCGUUUUCUCUCAAAAGUGGAAGAAAUUGGCAACGUUUAUGCGGAAGACUUUCGCAAAUAUAUCAGAGUCUAUAUUCAGUCAUGUCGUAAGGGUAAGUUUGCGCAUAUCAGUUCAAAAGAUAGCGAAGUUUGCAGCCCAGGGGAAUAUCGUAGAUGGUUAAAUCAAGCGAAAUUAGAUUUUCGCACUGGACAAGCAGUAAUGCGAUGCACAGGCAGUCAUCCGGAAACAUAUAAUUGGAUAUGCUACAUUUUUCACCAAUCGUGUGAAAAGGCAGUCAAAGCAGCGUGGUUCCUGAAAAAUGCAAACAAAAUGAAUAGUAUUUUGCGAAGUCAUAGUCUGCUUGACCUGUGCAGAUGUCUUGAGAAUGAGUUCAUCGAUGCUGAGGCUAGGUCGUUGGAAGUCCGCCUCAAUAUUCACAAUAACGGGAGUUUCCGUCUUCGCUAUCCUGACUGUGUAGACGGCUCCAAUAUUCCGUCCGAUGUAUUCAGUAAAGAGGAUGCUGAAUUCGCUCUCGAAACUGCAAAGAAGAUUUUAGAUUUGGUGGAUGCUUUAUCACUAUGAUUGGUUAUUUAUUAAAUCAUGACCGAUCAAACGUGAACACUUGCAUUUUCUUUAGAGUUUUAAAUUGUUCGAACCAAUAGACCAAAACAUGAGCUUAUAACACGUUCAACGUGUAGUAAUUUCGCCAGUUUUACCUUAUCGUGAACUGUUUUGUUAUACCUUUAAAUAACUGUUUAUUAUAAUUGUAUUUCCAUUAAAUUUAAAAGAUAGUAUAAAUAUAUUUCGCGACCAACAAUAAAUGUUAAAUGAUAGCUAUUUUAAUCUAGUCGUGGAAAAUUAUUGUUAAAAAAGAAUAUAAUAUUUGGUUUUGCGGACCCUUUCAGAAGUAGUAUUAUUUUUUUGAAAGAUUGCAUAAAAUCGAAUAUUUUUUUGCUGAAGUUCAUCGUUUUCGAUCGAACGUAUAAAUUAAGAAGAUAAAUAACAUGUAUGCUGAAAUCUGUAUUGUACAUAUAGUUAAUAUUUAGUUUGUGAAAUUCUAUAAUGUAAUUGAUAAUUUCAUCCUCACACAAAGUGAUGUGAAAAUACAAUCUGAGCAAGCACAUAGACAUUUGGGAGAUAUGUGCAUCUACGUGAGUAAGUCUUACUCUGAUCAUCUCAUCACUACGGUUUGUUGUAAAUAUUCUUGGCGUUUUAAUGAAUAAUAGGAAAUGUGUCUGUUGUAAAUACACAAUUUACUUUACUUUUAUCAUGUCUAUUGAUUUUUUUACGGCGAAAACUUGUUUAUGUUUAAAAUGUUCAUGUCGCACGUGACAACAUUGUGGUAAAUCAUGUGCAACGCAUCCUAUUUUUUAUGUAAAUAAUGUGUAUGAUGUAUAAUGACAACUCUGUCUGUUGUAAAUACAGUUUUCUUUGAUGUACAUUAGCAAUUAUUCCUCGUGUAUGUACCUUAAGAUGAUAUGUCUUUAAAACUGUUUGUUUGUUAUAAAAACAUAACGUUUUAUUAUUGAUAAUGACUACUAUGUUGGCUGUGAAUAUUGCCUUUUUAUGUGAUGUGUAACGAAUACUUAGUUUGAAAAUAACAUAUGUAUUUUAUGAUAUACAGUAGCAACUUAUUAGUUUGUAUAAAUGUUUGUUCGAUAUAUUGUGUCCAUUAUAUUUGAUGCAUUUUUAUUUAUAAUAUCAGCUAUGUUAGCUGUAAAUACCUUUUUGUGUCUGUCAAAAAUGAGUAAUAUGUGUGUCUUUUGUCGUCGUCGUCGUCAAUGCGAACCUUCCACCUAACAAAUUAAACUAUUAGACAUCAACACAAAACUUCAACGGCAGAUAUAUUUCAAUAUACGGAAGUGCAGUGCUUAAAGAUGAAAAUCUGCAGCACGUUCUUCUUGAGUUAUUUCUUUUUGUUUUAUUUCGAACUGGAGUAAUUUUUCAGUUUCGCCUCAGCUAUUGUUAAUUAGGCAACAUAUCCGACUCGCGGAGUUCCUGAUAACUAUAUGUAAAAUUCAUGUAGGUUGAUGUUACUUGUGUGAAAAUGAUUAUGAAUUUAAAUAUGCAAUGCAUUACUUGAUUUAGCUGUACUCUUAUGUGCACUUUGAUUAAUAUAGUUUCAUUAAAAAAAUAGUUUUACUGUGUAAAGGAUAGAAUGCGAAUAUCGUGUAUUAUUGAUUGGCUGCUUGUAUUGAUUGUAUGGUUAAAGUUGAGUAUACUUGUAAAUAAAUCAUUAAAUGUAGUUAAAUUUUACAACAUAAUUAUGUUAUUCGGUAAAAUCCGAAUUCCGAAUAUAUGUUGAGCUUAUAUUUUUAGUUAUCUGCAUGUUGCAUGCGAAGAAAUCGUAUUUGUUACACAUCAAUUGUGUUAUAUUUGAUUCGUUAAAUAUAUAUUUGAAUACCCAAAUUAAAUAUCUUACAAAUCAGGGCUAAUCAGGGACGGCACUCUCCGCCUAAUCUACAUUUUCGUUUUGAAGAUAGUUCCUUUAAACGAAAAAUUCAAUUAAAGCGGAAAGCGUCGUCCCUGAUAAGCCUGUGCGGGCUGCAUUAAGCCCAGUUUGCCCGGAAAGAGGCUUAUAAAGUAGUUCAACAUCGACGUAGAAAAUACCAUGUUAGUGUUGAAUAAAGAUAACUUUCUUGAGCAAGGGUUAGAAGGGUUAGAAAACCUAAACCACGAGCCAUCAUGAUAUUAUCGUGCUUUUGGUUUAUAGAAAAUAGCAUUGAAACAUCGUGUUACAAUUAUCUGGAAUAAGCCAUUAUGGUCAAUUAUGACACUCGAUUGUAAUGUGAGUUUUAUUGUUACGCAGUAUCUGCUUUUUUAUUUUGUUGUUUGACAUAAAUGAAGAAGUAGUAAAUAGUUUUUGCUUUUUCAUAUUGUGUUUACAUUUUCUUAUUGGUAAAAGACGAUGUUCUUUGCGGUGUCCCGGGGUUUAUUAUAUUGUAUUAUUUUGUAUUAAUAAAUAAGUUCACUCAUCAUUAUCAGCAUCGAAUGUACAAUGUUUGAAAUGCCCGCGUUCUUUUUCCAAAAUGAUUGUUUAGGUUUUCGUAUUUUCUGUAAUGUAAAUGCUUUAUAACGUUUAUUUCAUUUAUAAGUGAUUAUCACACAAAAAAUAUUGAGUGUGUGUGUGGGGGGGGGGGGGUCAAAGUUUACUGCAACAUAGUAUCAUUCGGUAAAAUUUGCCUCGAAAAAAUGGUCAUUGAGUUGUGUGUGUGAAGUCAGUAAUAUAUUUCUACUUAUGUGGUGCGUGUAAUCUAUCUAGGUGACAUUGAUUUAUAUUUACAUAAUGCUAGAUCUACCCAGCGUAUUUACGUGCAUCGAAAUUACGCAUUCAACAUUAACCAAGUUAACGUUAAUGUUAUAAUUAUGUAAAUGAUGCGUGUUCUGAGAAAACUGGGCUUAAUGCAUGUGCGUAAAGUGUCAUCCCUGUUUAGCCUGUGCAGUCCGCACAGGGACUUCCUUGAAACUAAAAAUACCAUAAAAGCUGAAAGUGUUGUCCAAGCUGUGCGGACUGCAUACUCUAAUCUGGGACGAGACUUUACGCACAUGCAUUAUGCCCAGUUUUCUCAGAACGAGGCUCAAAUGAUGUGUAUGUCCACGCAUUACUGUCUGCAUUAUAACAAAUAUUAUAAGAAAACUCGGGAUUUGAAACGGGGGAAAUCGUGCUGUUGUUUUCAUAAAUUUCAAAGUUAUUGAUUACUGGGUUAUGUAUUUUUGGUCAUAGUUUUGCAGUUGUGUAUAAUGGAAAAUAUUGAAAUUUAUUUUCAGUUCACCACUACGAUAUGGCUUUAAUAUGAGUGUUUGUUUAUUUUACGGAAACUCAAUACGUAAAGGCCAGCUCGUGUCGUUUAGACAUGAUUAAUAUGUUGAAAUCGAUAUAGCAAUGAAUACCAUAUUUCUUAAACGUAAUUAGAACAGUCUAUACACGGUAAUGACGGAAAAAAAUAUUUUAAAAAAAUCUGCCAUAUGGAGUCAUUUAAUAAUUAUCAUUAUUAUAUUAUUUUAUGGAACAGAAGUUUUAAUUUGUUUUCAAACAUAUCAUUUUACUUUUUGAUAUGUUUAUUCAUAUCUGAUUUAUUUGUCAUACUAUAUUUUAUUAAAUUGAUGUGAAAUUAAUUGAACUUAUGAUUGUAUGUUUUAUAUUGAUAUUACAGUUGCCUUGUCGAUAAUCUUGUCGAAUAAGAACAUGUACUCUGUGUAUAUUGAUUUAAAACUGACUUUUGUGUUUUGCUGAUCAUAUCCAGGACUCCUCUUGCUUGAAUACACGUAUAUGAAAUACUGUUGUCAAAAUUAUACUAGUACUUCAUCGUCGGAACCACGGCAUAUAUUGAACCGUCUGGUAAAAUUCAUAAAUUUUGAUGAGCAAACAAAUGAAAUUUUACUUCACGUUUAGAUAUGAAGUCUGGGAAGCAACGACAUUUAGAGACUAAAGGUUAAUAUGAAAAAGCGCACGGAUAUAUAUGUAAAUAUUUAGAAGGAACACCGCCUUAACUGUAACUGUUUUGAAAACGCGUCGUUUGACUAGUUGAAUUUACCUACAGAAUUAGACACGGAAACCAGCGAUGCCUCAUUAAUAUUCAUAACUAUAACAAGCCAAAUCUCCCGCGGCCAAUCAAGAGUCAUAGGGAUUGAGUAUACGUGAGUUCCGACGAUGACUUGUAGUUUUCUUAAUAGCAUAUUUUGUUUACAAUUCAAGCAAUUAAGGAACUGGAAUAAUAUCAAACAACGAAAUGUAUAAUUAUAUAUGACUCGAUAUGAUCACGUAUAAUUGCGAUAAGAUUGCUCGGGUUCAUACCUUUAAACCAAAGACCUAGAAUAAAUGUAUUCUAGAUCUGUGUUUAAACCUUUAAAUAUAUGUAGACCAAAGACAAAGACCUAGAAUAUUCUAGAUCUUUGUAUUCUAGAUCUUUGUGUAGACUAAUGUAUGUUUUGUUUGUUAUGAUGAUUAGGCUGCAUAUUUGAACAUAUUUAUAAUUAAUCUGUGUGUGUGUAGAUAAGUAUAAUUAUUGUUUUACAUGUAUUGUAAUAAUGGUUUACUGGAAUCAGCUUGUCUGUCCGUGUAGCGUUAUAUUUUAUCAGUAGCAUGGCUUUAAACCAUUUAAGCUUUCGACUGCAAACUUAAAAUUGCAGAAAUGUUGCUAAGCGGAGUGCAGUACCAAACAAUAUAAUGACAGUUUUCCAUGUGCGAUAAUUUGCUCAAUAACUAAUUUAAAGAUUUUAACUUCAAAUUCCAUACAUGGAUAGAUGGUUGUUAGGUGGUUUAAAUGCUGCAGAAUUAUAAAUAAUUGUUUUAAUUUGUCUUUUUUUCUGAUAUUGGCAUUUUAAGAGUCACAAAGCCAACCCCCAUAUUCAUAGAUGGUUUUUCAACGAUAGUAUCCGCUGUGCAACAGAUUUUAAACUCGUGCUAAAAUAUUUAUAGAGUUAGAACAAAUUAAAAUUUUUCCACGUCCAUUAUUUUUUUUUUAAGUUAGUGGAAGGCUUUGUAUAUUUCUACAUGGAUACCGUAUAGUAAAUCAACGUGCAGUUUAAAAAACUCUUAUCUUUAUUAUUUACGGACUAAUUCCAAUUUGUCAAUGAAGAGAUUAAACAAAUGUUCCAUACUUGACGAAUUAUGGAACUAUUGUUAAAGAAUUACAACUCUCUGGCUGCAUUAUGAAUAAAAUUAAUACCGGU